UCAAGCAAAGAGAAAAAAUCGAAAGGUUCGUGUGAGCGUUUAAAAAAGCCAAUUUUUUUGGGUUUUCGGUGGAGGUUCUUACUAAUUUGGUAUAUUCUAAAUAGAUCCGCGUGCGUAUCGUAUACCAGGCAGACCGAAAACAGCAUCAGGAUGGCCCCCGACAAGAAGCAGAAAGGACGCAACAAGAAAAUUACGCUCGUCCAAAGUAGCAAGAAAGACGACAAAGCUGCGACCAAUGGAGCUUCCAACGGGACGGCCGAUAUGACUGAAGAAGAGGCACUUUGUGCCAAACUCGACGAAGAGGCAAGAAUCAAUGCGGAAGCGAGAGCCUGCACAGGUUCUCUGGCGGUUCACCCUCGGUCUCGAGAUAUCAAAAUAGCGAACUUUACCAUCACCUUCUUCGGCUGCGAGAUGCUUCAGGAUACGAUGCUCGAGUUGAACUGUGGCAGACGUUAUGGUUUGCUCGGAUCGAACGGAUGCGGAAAAUCAUCUUUGCUAGCUGUCCUGGGUAAUCGUGAGGUUCCGAUUCCAGACCAUAUCGAUAUUUUCCAUUUGACACGUGAAAUCCCAGCCAGUUCUAAAAGUGCGCUCCAGUGUGUCAUGGAAGUCGACGAAGAACGUAUUAAAUUGGAAAAAAUGGCCGACGAAUUGAUUGAUCAGGAGGAUGACGAAUCACAGGAACGCUUGAUGGACAUUUACGAUCGCUUGGACGAAAUGUCGGCUGACCAAGCAGAGGCAAAGGCUUCACGUAUUCUGUACGGUCUUGGCUUCGAUAAAGCAAUGCAAGCUAAGGCUGCUAAGGACUUUUCUGGAGGCUGGCGCAUGCGAAUUGCGUUAGCUAGGGCCCUUUUCGUGAAGCCACACCUGUUGCUUCUUGAUGAGCCAACUAAUCAUCUUGAUCUGGAUGCGUGCGUCUGGUUGGAGGAGGAAUUGAAAACCUAUAAACGUAUUUUGGUUAUCAUUUCGCAUUCGCAAGAUUUCCUAAAUGGCGUUUGUACCAACAUCAUCCAUAUGACGCAGAAGCGACUCAAAUACUACACUGGUAACUACGAACAAUUUGUCAAAACUAGAAUGGAACUCUUAGAAAAUCAAAUGAAACAAUACAAUUGGGAACAGGAUCAGAUCGCUCAUAUGAAAAACUAUAUCGCUCGUUUCGGGCACGGUUCGGCGAAACUAGCACGUCAAGCACAAUCUAAAGAAAAAACUCUCGCUAAAAUGAUGGCUGCGGGUCUAACAGAGAAAGCUAUAGACGAAAAACAACUUAAUUUCUGUUUCCCUUCUUGUGGAACAAUUCCCCCACCAGUUAUUAUGGUACAGAACGUUAGUUUCCGCUAUAACGAAAAAACACCUUUGAUCUAUAAGAACCUUGAGUUCGGUAUUGAUUUGGAUACUAGAUUAGCCUUGGUUGGCCCUAAUGGAGCUGGCAAAAGUACACUGUUGAAGCUUCUGUACGGAGAUUUAGUGCCUACAUCUGGAAUGAUUCGCAAAAACUCUCAUCUGCGUAUAGCAAGAUAUCAUCAGCACUUGCAUGAGCUCCUUGACAUGGACAUGAGUCCAUUGGAUUACAUGCUAAAAUCCUUCCCGGAGGUUGUAGAACGCGAAGAGAUGCGUAAGAUUAUUGGGCGCUACGGGUUAACCGGGAGACAGCAAGUGUGCCCAAUUAGGCAACUGUCAGAUGGACAACGUUGUCGAGUCGUUUUCGCUUAUCUAGCAUGGAAAAAACCACAUCUUCUCCUACUUGAUGAACCUACCAAUCACUUGGACAUGGAAACUAUUGAUGCCUUGGCUGAUGCUGUUAACGAUUUUGAGGGCGGGCUGGUACUUGUUAGCCACGAUUUCCGAUUGAUUAAUCAGGUCGCCAAUGAAAUCUGGAUUUGUGAGAAGGGUACCGUUACUAAAUGGAACGGUAACAUUCUGGACUACAAAGAACAUUUGAAGAAGAACAUUGCUAAAGAGGCCGUCGCCAAAUAGAACCGAAAUAAUUUCUGAGUACGACUUGCGUGUCGACUAGCGAUUAAAUUAUUCUAUUAUUCGAAUUGAAAAAAAAACUUGCAUAUAACACAUACCUACUAUAAAUAAUAUUCUAACAGACCUUGCUGAAAAACACAACAACAACACAAUAAAAGAACAAAAAAAAUGCAUCAGUUGAGCCAGAUCAAUGGCUCCAUCGUUGCCGAGAGUUUUAUCCACCCAAAUAACAUCUAUAUUCAAUAAACAAUAGCACCAAACGGGCAGUGUGUGCCUGCUCGCCAAA